CUCAGCGGACACCAUCGAUAAGAUACAAAGCCUCUCUACGUUUUAAAGGACAGCAAGUGUUGUGCGAUGCGUUCAGUGAGUGAGUGACGCAGUGGAAUAUGUCUUAAAUAUAUGAAAUGUCUGUGCUGCGCAGAGCUAAAACAUGGGAAAUAUCUGAAUCAGAGGGAAGCGACGCUGAGACUAAACCUGAUUUAAACCAAGAUGAGAGCGGUCACAUAACAAUAGUCAGCACAGACUUUAAAGAGGACCAGAGUUCAGACUCAAAGUGCAAAACCCUGCCAUCGUCACCCACAAAAACCGAGCCCAGUAAAACUUGUGCUCUGUCACCGCCGCGACCAGAGGGACGUGGCACACCGAGCCCUGCGAGAAAACGCCGCACGAAAGAGGAGAUAGAGGCGGACAGACAGGCAGCCAGGGAGAGGAAGGAGGCGAGAGACAGGCAGAGAGCAGCCAGAGCCCGGGAGAAGGAGGAGAAGAGGCAGGAGCAGCAGAAGAGGAGAGAGGCUGCGGAGAACCUGAAGAGUCUCCGACCGGAGAACUGCCUCAGGUGUCUGACUGUCUGCAUAGAUCCAGCUCUUCUACAACAGGAUGGCUCAGACAUUUUGUUGGACGCCCUGGCUGCCUUUGAGUGGAGGUUUAGCAUCGAGACCCAGCAGCUCCCAUGCAGCAUCACCUGGACCAGAGAUUUACCUCAGGGAGAAGAUGGCAAGGGCUCGGUGGAGGAGGAGCAAGUGGUUCUGGUGCUGAGUCUGACGGACUUCAUGGACACAGUGAUCUCUGUGAAGAAAAUGCUAGACAGUGAGGAGGAGGAGACAGGUGCGGGGUCUUUCCUUAGUCCAAUUUUGGAGUGUCUCAACCGGGAUGCCAAGAAGGUGGUCACUCUGUUAGUGACAGACUCUCAGCCAGAUUACAGGAUGGAUGCUUGUGGUGUGCAUUUACUGGAUGAGACACUACAAUCCAAACUGGGAAUGGAGAAUGUGGACAUUGAGGAGGUUCUUGUGUACCUGCAGCUCUGCAAGAAUAUCUCUCUGGUCUUCCUGAAUGACUGGCAGGAGAUCACUAACCAUGUGUGUGGUGUCACCAAGGCCUUAUCAAAACGUCCUUUCAAACUGCUAACGGAGCGAGCAGAGCUGCCCUUCUGCGUGGACGGUUCAUGGGCCAGUGGGGUUCGUGUAGAGCGGGACGGCUCAGGGCUGAUCCAGGUCUGGAGCAGGCAGAUCCAGCAGCUGAACAGAGUCAGCCCUGCUGUGGCCUCCACUGUGACAGCAGCCUAUCCGUCUCCUCAGUUACUGCUGCAGGCGUACCAGAGCUUGGAGUCAGAGGAGGCCAGAAAGGGGCUGCUGGCUGGUCUCUUGGUGAAAAGCGGAGGUAAAGAGAGACGUAUAGGACCGGAGUUAUCAGCAAGAGUUUACCGCUGCCUCACAGCCCAGAACCCCCAGCUGGUCCUGGACUGAUCUUUUCACUUAAGAACGACAUGGACAGACGUCAGCCAGGAUUAAUCUGGUUUCUGAUGACACUUUGUCACCACUUGGCUGCUAAUGUGUUAAUGUUGAUGUUUACAAGCUAAAAAUAUUACUUAGAUAUCAUGUUCACUCCCCAGUAAAGCACUAUUUAUACUCAUCUGAACUUUAACUGAUUGUAAGGAUUAAGUAAAUAAUGAUAAUAAA